AUGACUUAUUCCUUCUUUCUCUAUCACUUCAUUCUUCUUUUCUUUAUCACUUCUUUCUUCUUCGUCACUCUUUCCUUCUUUUCUUUAUCACGUCUUUCUUUUUUAUCACUUCUUUCUUCUGUGUCACGCUUUCUUUCUUUAUCACUUCUUUCUACUUUGUCACUUCUUCCUUUUCUUUAUCACAUCUUUCCUUUCUUUAUUACUUUAUACUGUGUCACUUCUUCCUUUUUUGUCACAUCUUUCUUCUCUGUCACUUAUUCCUUCUUUUCUCUAUCACUUCUUUCGUCUUUAUCACUUCUUUCUUUUUUUAUCACUUCUUUCUUUCUUUAUCACUUCUUUCUCCUCUAUCAAUUCUUCUUUUUUAUCAAUUCUUCUUUCUUUUCUCCUUUAUCACUUCCCCCGUUUUUUUUUCUUUAUCACUUCUUCCUUCUUCGCUAUGAUUUCUUUCUUUCUAUAUCUUCUUCUUUUGAGUGUUCUUACCUUCUUUUUCUUUUUCCUUUUUUUUGUUUUCCUCGUCUUUUCCACCAUUUUCUAUUUUUUCGAUUUGUUCCUUUUUCCUUCUUCUUCUUACCCAUUCUGCUGCCCCAUUUAUUUUCAUGUCAUCUAACUCCUACUUCCGUGCAAGAUGCAAAUAAAAUGUGGGAAACAUUCAAAUUAAAUCAGCUGGAAAGAAAGGAAUAA